CACUAACAGCUAUCCCCUCAGCUGCUCAGAAAAGGUGUGUCACCGGCGUGACGUCAUGUCUGUACCUGAGUUUCGGUGAGGAGAGGGGAAGGGCCGAGCCGGAGUGAACAACACCAGAUAAUAAUUUGUUUUUUCUCACCCACCUUCGUCCAAAUGAUUAUCGAUUAACUUUUUUCUUCGAGGGAAUCUGCAACAGUUGGAGAAUUGGCAGAAGAAACACGGUUUUAUCUCCAGCUGCGGUUAAGCAGGCCGACGAGGACCGACCUCUCCAACUUCCUGGUUCACCACAGCCAGGAUGUCGGUCACCCCUCGACGUGUCCGUCUGAAGCCCUGGCUGGUCGCUCAGGUGGACAGCGGGAGAUACCCGGGUCUGGUGUGGCUUGACCGCGAGGCCAUGCGCUUCAAGAUCCCAUGGAAACACGCUACACGACAUACACCCCAGCACGAGGACGAGGACACCAUAUUUAAGGCGUGGGCUGUGGAGACGGGGAAGUUCCAAGAGGGAGUUGAUGAACCUGAUCCUGCAAAGUGGAAAGCCCAGCUUCGAUGUGCUCUGAACAAAAGCAGAGAGUUCAACCUUGUCUACGAUGGCACCAAAGAGGUCCCCAUGAAUCCUUUGAAGAUUUAUGAUGUCUGCGAAAUCCCACAGCCCCUCAGUAACCAAUGCUCCUCAGAUGCGGGUUCUUGGACUCCACAUGAGGAAGAUGGUGGUGAGGAAGAUAUUCCAGAUACACCAGAGUCUCUCCCUCCAUACCCAUCCAAUGGCACCAGUCCGUCUCCUCUCAUCAUGUGGUCUCCUAUGAGCGCAGGGUCCCCCAUACAACCUCCUAGUUGUCCCCCUUCAAAUGAGGUCUGGCCCAAAGAGGAGCCUGUUAAAAUCUGGCCUAAAGAGGAGCCUGUGGAUGUGGAGAUGCACCCCUCACCCCCGAGUGACAUGCCUCCUGCUCCUCUGCCCGAUCACCCGAUGCAGCCCCCUUCUCUACCCGACGUCUUGUUUGCCUCUCCAGAAACGUGGAUCAGUUCUCUCCCGAUGACAGACCUGGAGGUGCAGUUCCUCUACAGAGGGAAGGAGAUGUGUCCCACAGGGAACGUCAGUAACCCGCAGGGCUGCAGGCUUUUCUACGGAGAUCUCGGCCCCAUGGUCAACCAGGAGGAGCUGUUCGGGCCGGUGAACCUGGAGCAGCUACGCUUUCCGACCACAGAGCACAUUACCAACGACAAGCAAAGGGUUUUCACUAACCGCCUGCUGGACGUCAUGGACAGAGGCCUGGUCCUGGAGGUCAAUGGUCACGAUAUCUAUGCAGUGCGUCUCUGCCAGUGCAAGGUGUACUGGUCUGGUCCCUGUGCUCCAAAUCCAGCUGCUCCAAAUCUUAUAGAGCGCCAGAGGAAGAUCAAACUCUUCUGCCUGGAGUCUUUUCUCAGUGGUGUGAUAGCCCACCAGCGCGGCCAAACACCAAUCCCUCCGCUUUUUGAAAUUAACCUGUGUUUUGGAGAGGAGUGGCCUGAUGGGAGGCCCAAAGAGAGGAAACUUAUCAUGGUUCAGAUCAUUCCAGUGGUGGCCCGUAUGAUAAGCGAGAUGUUUUCUGGAGACAACACACGAUCCUUUGACAGCGGCAGCGUCCGCCUGCAGAUCUCAAUCCCAGAUAUCAAAGACAACAUAGUGACCCACCUAAAGCAGCUGUACUGCCUGCUGCAGACCCACCAGGGCCAGGAUGGCUGGGCGUUGCCGCCCGGCUCAGGCCUGAACAUCGUUCAGGCUCUGCAGGCACAGUGAAGCAGCCCACACUGUGAACUAACAUGCAUCAUAUAUCAUAUAUCACUGUAUGUUUCACUCUGCUACUGAGAGUUACCCACUGUUGGCAAAGAAGUACUUAUGUGUAAUCAUAUAACUAUGCACACUAUAUACUGUAGGAUUAUUAUGCUUUUCUCUAGCAAUGUGCUGUGACAAUGCUUUUCUGUAUAUAGAAGUAGUGCCUUCAUGCCUGCAUCACUCCACAUUAUGUGUGCAGGAACCAUAGAGAGAUGUGGGGACUGCAUAGGCCAAAGUCCUGUUGGCUGCAAGGGAACAUUUAAGUUGACUUAGUUAAUGAGUUACAGAAACCGCCAGUGCCUUAUUUAUCUAAAACUUUAUCUAAAACGGGUCAGUGAUUACCAAACAUUCCUGCAGUCGAGAAACCGUGCAGAAUACCUUUUUAUAUUUAGACCUCCAUAUAAAAUGUUUUGAAGCAACUCAUCUAGCAUGGGAUUUGUAUAUGUUGGAUAAAAUAUAGGCAAAUAUGAAUUAAAGUAUAUUGUUGUUUUCCUUGCAUUAGUUUAUGAAUACGGUCCAUCUGUACUGCUCAGUUUGAGAUCAUGUAUCCUGCCAGCACAUGUAAUUAGGGGUUUCAAUUUUUUUUAAACAAAUGUUUGACAAAAAAUUGCUACUUCCCUUUGACAGAAGAAUCAGUUUUCAGGUACCUGGCCUGCAGUUUUGUCUUCAGCUGUUUUUUUAUUUUUUCCAUCUAUAUAGUAGGAUAUUUUUGUAUUAAUAUCUCUGGUUUUUAAGCCAUUUAUUGUAUCCAGGCAGCCAUUUAACUAAACAACAUUCAGCUAUAUGGAUCUGUUUUAUUAUGGAUGCCACUGCACUUUGGGGCGCUGAAUUAUGUUUUACGUCUAGUUAAAUUCAUCCUGUGAUUGUAUGUUUAUUUUAUCAAUAAAAAAUGCCAAAAUAA